CAGCUCAAAGUUGGUGUUCUAUUCUGGCAAAGGUGAACAGUGUCAAAACUGUGAUAAAACAAAUCCACCCUCUGAACUUGGCAUCAGAAGCAACAAGCUGAGGUUGAACUGUAGUGCAUACUCAACUAAAAAAUGAUAAAUAUUACUUAUUAUAGACAACAUAUAUGUCUAUAAGCAUCUAUAGGAUAAAGAUGACUCAAAAAUCAUAGGAGUCACUGGUCCAUUUUACAGCUUUGAAAGCAACAUUCCCACUUCUUUUUCCAUAUGCCCCUACUUUUCAUGCUAGAUCCUCAGCUAGCCUGUUGCCAGGCUGUUUCACUGGAGAGCACCACUUCUAUUAUUCUAAACUAAAAUGAAGGAAAGUGGUUAUGUUUGCCCUGGCCUACACUGUCAUUGCAAUGUAAACCAGAGAGCUUAACCACAUACAAAUCCUUGAAUUGCUUGGCUUUUAAAGUUUAAUCAUAGACCCUUUAUUUUUUCACUGCUGAGGUUUCCAUGUAAUUGGAAUGAAGGAUGUUGGAACUGAGCACAGGUUUCCCAGUGGCAGCUGCCAGUAGUUGGAUAAUGCCAUUGGCACCAGUGCUGCCAAAAGAGAAAAAUGGUCUUUUCAGUAAUGUUUUGAGUUCAGAAUCAAGAGUUCUGGGUUCAGUUUCUGGCUCUGCCUCAGACUUCUAACAAUGUUACAUUUUUCUGCAUGUUUCACAACUACGGAUGGGAAUAAUACUGCUUUUUGUCUUUCCCAUUUAAAGUAUUAGCUCUUGGUGUGGUGCAUCACCCCAUCUAGGUGGGGUGUUCCACGUGUGACCAUAAGGCACAGACAGCACAGUUCCUACAGCCUUCAUGGGAUGCUGAAAAAAGCAUGUGAUGAGUAACCUGACUUGUCCUUCCUACUUGGCCGAGCUUUGCUGCAUGUAUAUAUAACCAGGAGAUUCCUCUACACCAGCAACAUUCUCCUUUCCUCAUUUGUGUGUCUAUCCUAGAAGACCUCGGUUCCCUGGGAUAGCAGUUAGCAAAGUGCCAUUUUUCAUGCAGGCAGAUUCAUAGUUCUCAGCUGGUGGGUAAUGGAGAACCACUGGUAGCUUUCAAGGCUUUUAAUCUUAAGUCUGCUAAAACCACAUUUUGGCCAUUACAUGAAAGAGCACAGUUGGUCACGUUUCCCAAGGGUUCCUAAGUCUCAUGAGUGUAGUCUGUCUAUCCAUCUCUACUUGGAUCCCAGCUCUUGAAUGCAUUGAGGGUUUUCAAUCAUGUUCUACCUUCAACUAUAUAGCUAUAGAAAAGAGAAGCAGAAAUGCAAUAUUUAACUGCACUCUUUUGGAAUAAAUAAAACCAGGAUGCUCUACCAAGUGGAAUGACUCAGACUGCUGUCCAUUGAGGGAAAAACAGGUAAAACUCAACUGGUUUCAUCUUCCAGUAGGUAGCUCAGCAUGGAUGCUGGCUGAAUUAUCUGCAUCCAUCUUGCUAGAAACAAUUGGAAGAGUCAGAGGCAAUAUGGGGAAUAUCUGAGGCAUUUCUAUUUUUGAGCAGAUGGUAGAAUUCUGUUCUGCUGAUGUCAGCUCUAAAAUGGCAUGAUUAUACUUAGAAGAUAUUAAGAUAACUGUGUAUAUUUCCAAAGUGUAUUUUCAAAUCUCUCUUUCUUGUUUUAGAAAAAAAUAAAAUAAAAUGGAGCACAUGUUACUGCUGUUCAUAUUUUUCAUACCUAUAUUGGGUCUCAGUAAUGGAACAGAAACUGAACAAGAUUUUACUUGGCAUUUAAAGAAGAUUCCCCAGAUUGUGAGAGAAAGAACAUUCUCCCUUGACAGCCCUAAAUUUGAAGCAAAAGCCAAAUUAGAGCUGAACAGCGUAUGUGGAAUUGAAUGUCAAAGAAAAUUGCCAGUGCCAAGCUUGUCUGACUUGAAAAGCCUCUUAUCCUAUGAGACUGUUUUUGAAAAUGGCACACGGACCCUGACUGAAGUGAAUGUCCUGGGAGCAGCGCUUGACCCAGCUGCGAACACAACCACACGAAGGCCGCUGAGAAAGAAGAGGCAGAUAUAUGGAACAGACAGUAGGUUCAGCAUCUAUGACAAGAGGUUUAUGACCAACUUUCCGUUCAACACAGCUGUGAAGAUCUCCACGGGCUGCAGUGGCAUUCUGGUUUCCCCCAAGCACGUGCUAACAGCAGCCCACUGUCUGCACAACGGCAAGGAUUAUGUUAAGGGCAGCAAAAGGCUGAGGGUGGGCCUGAUGAAGACAAAAUCCAGAGGCAGCGGCAGGAAACGCAAAGGCGCUAAAAGAAGUAGGAGAGAAAUUUCUGCGGCCAAAGAGGAUCCCAAAGCUGCCACAGAAUUAAGGCGACAAUCCAAAGGUGAUGAGAGAAAGCAGAGGAGAUCUGGGAGGAGGCAAGGGACCUCAGAUGGCACACCCUCCUUCCAGUGGACACGGGUGAAGAGUACGCACAUCCCGAAAGGCUGGUUUAAGGGUGUCUCUGGGGAUAUUGCCCUGGAUUAUGAUUAUGCUGUUCUUGAGCUCAAGCGUCCCCACAAAAGGAAAUACAUGGAGCUGGGAAUCAGCCCAACAAUCAAAAUGAUGCCUGGGAGCAUGAUCCACUUCUCAGGUUUUGACAAUGAUCGGUCUGGGCAGCUGGUCUAUAGAUUUUGUAGCAUUUCUGAUGAGUCCAAUGAUCUGUUUUAUCAGUACUGUGAUGCUGAGCCUGGCUCCACAGGAUCUGGCAUCUAUCUCCGUCUGAAGGAGCCGAACAAAAAGAAGUGGAAACGCAAGAUCAUCGCUGUUUACUCAGGCCAUCAGUGGGUGGACAUCAAUGGUGAACAGCAGGAUUACAAUGUAGCAGUACGAAUUACUCCUCUCAAAUAUGCCCAGAUUUGCUUCUGGAUACAUGGGAAUGAUGAGAAUUGCACACAAGGCUGAAGAGAGCCGAGCCUCACUAGCUUAGCACCCUUACCGUCAUAGAGUGAAAGACAACAGAGACUGGAAGAACAUCACUCCACACCAGAAUGUUUUUGAACUCUGAGCUUGCAAGUAGUGCUAUGGUGACUUAAGGAAUACUGAAUUGCUAGGGGAGGGGUAGAAUUGUCAGACAAAAUAUUUCUAAUUGUAAUCGACCUAGAUACGCACUUAAAAUCCCAAACUAUAUUUAUGUUUGCAGUUGUGAUAAAUCCAACUCAUUAAUGAGAAAAAAACAUGGCUGCACCUAUUUGUAAUAUUUUUUUCCAGGGGAAGGGUUGAAACAUCUCAAACUGGUGUUACUAAACAAUAUCUAUUUUUUUUCCAAUGGAAUUGCUUUUCUCAGGGUUCUGUUCCACUUCCUCAAAUGCAAGUUGUGCAUAUAGCAUGUCACUGUAUGUGCAGAAUGAUCCAGAGAACUGCAUGAGAACAAGACAUUAUUCUGGCAUUCUCUAAAGACCACAGGUCCAUGUUGAGAAGCAGCACUAUAGCUAAUGAUUGAUAGUUUGGAGAACUGCCUCUUCUGGUUGCUGCAGGAACACUCCCAUGGAAAUUCCAAAUUUAUGUAGCUGGGGGUUACACCUUAAAGACAAAUUCACUUCAUUGCUCAGUGAAAACAGCAAAAAAAUAUAUUAAUGAACAAAGUUUCCAUGUUUGGAAGAAGACACAUCUGGACAUCGCUUAAUGCCUUUUAACAUUCUUUGAGAAGCUAUAGAAAUCUUAAACACACGUCUUUGCCUUCCAAUUAAUAUUUGGAGAGCUGUAGGUUUAGUUUCUAGUCAAAUGUUUAGCUUUACCAUUGGGGGAAGUCACUGACUCCUGAAGUGGCUACUUGACAAUCAUUUGGAGCUUCACAGAUGAUUUAUUUUUUGGGUGCUAUACAUUUCUUCAGUUUUUAUAAAUUACUUUUAUAUUAGUUCAGUUUCAUAGACAGGAUAGUAUGUAUUAGACUGGGAGUUGGAAAUCAAUAUUUUAGUUUGGCUUUACAGUUUUGCAAAGUGUGUGGUUUUAAUCAUGUUAUAUUCAGACUCCACCUCAACAUGAUUCACAAGUUUAACUAAAAAUUUCUCCCAACUAAAUUACAGCACCUUCUGAAUGGUAGAACUAUCCUGUGCAUUAUAAAAGGUAUCUUGUUAGAUAGCAGCAGUAGUUAGCAAAUAAUUUGGUUCAGUAUGUUUGCAGAACCACGUAUUUAAUGAAGACACAAACUGAGCUUGACUUUUACACAUCUUUAAACACAAACCACCUUCUUAAAAACUGUUGUUGAUUGCUAUGUAAGUCUAUAUAUUUUAUUUUAUGUCAAGAUUUUGAAGUACACAGAAUUGUUAUGGUGCUAUGUUAAUCUAAUAACAUAAAAAGAUACUGUGCCUUUCUGAUCAUAUCCUUUGGGUUUCAAUACUUUCAGAGUAUUCACCACCGUAAUAUUUAAUUAUUUUUUUCUACCAUAAAUUUAUGCUGACCAAAAUGCAUUUUCUUCCUGUGCAGGAGAAAAAAAUAUAACAAGAUUUUAAAAUAUUAUUUGUUUGUUGGAAUCUUUAAAUCAUGCUUGUAAUAUCUUCUGGUGAAAUAAGAUGAUUUUAACUGAUUUUUUUGGUAGAUGGCUGAAAGUAUAUAACCUGACACACUGAAUGUGCAGGCAGCUCUGUCCUACUAUUGCCAAAGCAUAAAAAUUUAAGACUUGCUUCCAUAUCAUAACCCUAACAAUAUUUAAUUAAUUGGAAGAGAUCUCACUUUAAAGGAAACUAUUUCUUUUAAUGUCAACUUUUCCAGGGAACGCUCAACUUUUCUUCCUUUAUUAUGUUUUGUUUUUAUUUUGUGUGAUUGUUUGCAGAAAACUAAUAAUAAUUUUUGAAGUUUAGAAAUAAAUCUCUAAGACUUUAGGGUCAAUUAUUUUUUAUUGUUGUUAACAUCUCUAUUAACACAUGUGGCUUUGCUGACAGUAAUUUUAAAUCACCUCGGUCCGGUAUUUAAUGCUCUCGCUCUAUGCAAGAGAUUUAUAGUAUUCUUUAGUCAGGUCUGUAAUGUUUUUCUUAAAUGCCUUUUUCCAUAGUUACUGUGACAAUUAAGGUGCUACAUCAUUAAUCUAAUACAAGACAACCCAGGUCCAUAGAUUUUUUUACAAUUAUUGUCAUUGUUGAUUUGGGUCCAAAACUGGUCAAGAUAAGGGGGCUUAGUAAAUACCUUAUUAUUUUGAGUCUUAUUUAGGUGUGCACCUCAGAAGAAGAAAUAAAAUCUAUUUCUUUAUCCCUUUGGGAAUUGGGAGCAAGGUAAGAAUAAAAAAUGUUUGAUGUCAGCUUCCAAAUUGUCUUGUUAUAAUAAUCAUCUGUUGUAAAUAUCUCAGCCGCUACCUGAAGUUCCCGUACCAGGGUGAUAAAAACUCUUUCUUUUCAGAGAAUUAAUACUAGAUGCUCAGUGCUUCAUUUGGUGGUACUAAGAGAUUAAAAAGGUUGGCCAGAGCAACAUAAAUAUUAAUUUAAAACAAAUAAACCAACCUCUGUGUCUCAGUGCCCAUGCACAAACACAUGCAAAUAUACGGGCUUGGAGAACAUGUUGUUUUGAUUGAGUUUUGGUGUUGUCAGCAUCUUCAGGCCAGGGAAUGCAGGUAGAAGAAGACAGAGACAAAAUGUUUCUCCUGUUGUCUCAGCAUGCUAGGCAACAUUUUGGUUUUCCACUUGGCCUAAUAGAGAAAAAAAUGCUUUAUGUAGGCAAUUGUGACUACCUACUACAGGUACUUCAGGAACAGUUCAUAAAUCAAGUUCUUGCACACAAUCCCAGGAAUUUAAUGUCCUGCAUAGAGCUCUCGGUACUCACCACUGCAAAUGGGACAAGAAUUUCUGAGCCAUCUCAGAUUUUCUUAAAAACCUGCAGUUACACAAGAAUUUCUGAGCCAUCUCAGAUUUUCUCAAAAACCUGCAGUUACUAUCUGCUUACCAAUAGAAAAUACAAGGAGGAAAACAUGAUCUCAGUAGAUCAGAUCUUGCUGUUGUCUAGGACACCAGCAGCAAGGCUGGGUUUCCAGCCCUUGUGAUGUUUCCCUAAAGGAUUUUUCCUCUCUCAGGUACCAGGCUGUACAUCAUUUCUUUCCAUCACUACUAAUUAUUUUCCAUAAAAGUUGGUAUAGUAGAUUGUUUUAUUUAACUGUAUUCCUGGCUUUUGGAAAAAACAACCUCAGCCAAAUCUCUUUUCUCCUAGAGGGCUACUGGAAUAAAGUAAAUCAUAUAAAGUCUUAUAAAGUCAACAAGUGAGUUUUUUUCAGGGCCAAAGAUAAACCUCAUAUGCAAGCCAUUAACAUGCCCAGACUAGCUUCUGCAAGGUGUCUGUGCAUGUCUUUAAUCUGAGGCUCUGGGACACACCAUGGAAAUCAAGGGGGAUAUCUGCAAUGUGAAAAAUUAAGUCUAAGUUUGUAUCAACUUAACAAAAAAAGGCCAAAAUAUUAUAAUAGGAAAGUGAUUUCUGUUACAUGAAGUAUAGAGUACCCAAUGCUUUAAUAAUUGCUUAAAGAAUUCCUUGACUCCUUAAGAUUUACCAUCUUAAUUUUUCAGAUUUAUGUGUCUAUAUGGAGUAUGAAUCAGCAUGAAUAUGGCUUAAAUAAAAAAAAAUAAUUCGUCCACAUGUGGAGGAGAGAAGCAGAUGGGGAGUUCUUUCUAUUCUGCUGAUAAGGAAUGACCUGGCAGCAAACAGCAAAUAAAACAGAAAGAAAAAACAAGUAGAUGGUAUGUAAGACCAGGAAGAUGGAGAUAGUAUGCAAGGGAUAAAGAAAGUGUGUGAAGUAACAGAUGAAAUGGCUGCAAGGUAGCAGAGGCAACUUUUGUGAGACAGAGUAGGCAGAUGGGAGACACUUAAUAGUAUGAAUUAAGAUGUGAAAUUCACAAGUUUCAUGAACAAUUUUUCACUGUUAAAGAUAAUCCUUUUCUUCCCAGCCAACAGCAACAAGGAAAGGGCUGUGAGAGGACUCAGGCUGUGGCAGGGACUGCUACCAGGCAGGGGUUUUGACCCUGAUCUAUAGUCCUUGCCUGAAUUUGUAGGGAUUGUGCUUCUGUUCAUUCAGGGUCCUUGGAAAACAGCAGAUCUGUGUUCUGACCAAAAGACUUGGUAGUAUCAACCUCCCAGUACACUGGAUCACUAAGAGUGUAGUGAGUAAGGGGAGUUUCUCAAACCUGACCUUUGCUGGGAUUCCUGUAAAGGCUCUUCUCCACUGGAAAAAAAAAAAAAAUCAAACAAAAAAUCUCAGACUUAAGGCAUUUAAAUGUUGGCUCCAUUUUUUGCAUGUAUCUAGAAAUUCUAGGCAAUACAUUUUUUUUCAGGUGUCUUCUGUUUGUGUUUGGCACCCAUAGAAAUUUAAUCAACUGCUUCUAAUUUUAAAGCACAGAUUAUUGCAGAUAGUUCCAUCUACAAAUUCCUGGAUUAAAGAAUGAAUGGGAAAAAAAAAAAAAAGAAUGUUAUUAAAUUGAAAGCUUAAAAUUUCACUCUAAUCUCAAUGGAUUUAGAAGUAUAUUUGGGUCCCCUUUGCACCAGCCUUUUGCUCUGAGUGUUAGAGCAUCUAGGUUAAAAAAAAACUCCAGAAGAAGCUUUGAGGAUUCUUUCAUGUUCUUAGCUUUUUUAAGACUGACAGAAAACUGUAUAUUUUUAAAUGGGCAAAAUGACAAGCCAUUUGAGAAAAUAAAUGCAAACCUUUGCUCUGAUAUUAUAUGAUGCACUUAUUAUGUCAAUAAAUAUUUUCUGCUGUUUU